GAUGUGGCAUUGACAGUGAUUUCAUGAAAAAAAUAAAAAAAAUACCCAAAGAAAAACAACAAACCGGCGCGUGAACGCGACAGAGACGUUUUUAGAUCGAGAGAGCGCGAGAACAGAUCAGACUUCAGCUGUAAAACGAGCACUUUUUAACGGAGAAAAGAAGAUUGUAGUACUUCAUAGAAAUAAUAAUAAUAAUAAUAAGUAAAAUAAAGACCAAGAUGCCUCGCGGGUUUUUGGUGAAACGGAGUAAACGUGCCUCGGGGGGGUCGUACCGGAUCCGACAUGAGUGCUCGGAGAUGCAGAAAUCAGACCCGCAUGCGCUGAAGAACGAGAUGCCGCGAGACCUGGUCAGAGCACCGUGUACGGACGCCACAGCAGCACGCACUUUGCACGCGCAGCUGCCGGAACACUCAGCUCUCGCGCCCGUGCAGAGUGUCUUCCACAGCAGUAUCAGUAAUGAUGAUGAUGAUUAUGAUCACGGCGCGGAGGAGGCUUGUCACAGACCCGCGGUGCCCCUGAGCGCGGGAUUAAAGCGCUCCCCGUUCCCUCGGUGUCUGAGCUCACCGGCCGCGGCAGCAUCGUUCCCGGUGUCCUCCAUCGAGAGCCUCCUCCUCUCCAGCCACGCGGACAUUAAGUUUGCUCCAUACCCUUCAUCAUUUCAGCAGAACCUGAAGCCCGAGACUAAGAGCAAGCCGCCGGUGAGGAAACCGAAAGUCGCCCGGAAACUCACCUUUGAAGACGAGGUCACGACCUCUCCGGUGCUCGGACUGCGGAUCAAGAAGGAGAGCCCCGAGACCGCGCCGUUACCGAGGAGCAAGAAGCCACUGGGUGAGUUCAUCUGUCAGCUCUGCAAGGAGGAGUACCCGGACCCGUUCUCCCUGGCGCAGCACCGAUGCUCGCGCAUCGUCCGGGUGGAAUACCGGUGCCCCGAGUGCGACAAAGUGUUCAGCUGUCCCGCUAAUCUGGCCUCACACCGUCGCUGGCACAAACCGCGCGACUCGCAGGAGGGGAAAAAGUCUCAGGUGCACGAGAAAGCGUCGGUGGAAGGAAAAGAGAACGCGACCGACUUGAGAGUGAAGCAGCAGCAGCAUCCUCCUCCUCAUCAGCAUCAGCACCUGUUUUUCUCCGCCGAGAGCGCACAGAGCGGCAUGCCUCCCGCGGACACGCGCUGCGGCGGGGCGGAGAAGUGCUUUGAUCUCCGCACGAGCGCCAGUGAUGACGGCUCGAGGCUGUUUGAGCGCCGCCGCGACGACACGGCCUCCCUCGCGCCUGGGUAUCUGUGCGCGCGAGCAGGAGGAAGAGGAGGCAUAGAGGAGGAAGAGGAAGAGUACGCGUGCCACUACUGCACCAAGAAGUUUCGGAGGCACGCGUACCUGAGGAAACACCUCGCCGCCCACCAGAGCGUCCACGCGGCGGCGUACAAGCACGCGGAGAGCGCGCCGAUCCCGUUCACGUGCCACCUGUGCGGCGCGCGCUUCCCCUCGGCGGAGGUGCGCGAGAAGCACCGCCUCUGGCACGCGCUCGCUGGACCGGGACCGGGCAAGACGGCGGGCGCGCUGAUGCGAGCGGAUCUCAUGCUGCCUCCAAAACCGAGUCGCAUGUGGGAGGUUCCGACUUGA